CUUUGUUUUCUGGCGACAGAUGUAAGGCAAUUAACAAAGGCCUCGAUUGAUAAAGCUGGUUCAAUUUAAUGCUCUAUGUACUUCUCUUCUGAACAAAAGCUGAGGAUUAAGACUAAUUUCAUGGUUCUUGGUUCUCAAUACUCUACCGCAAUUUGAGCCCGGUGCGCUGCAACAUUUGAUUGAUUUUAAAGGCGAUUUGUUUCUACAUUUCGAAGGACCCGAGAAAUCGAACGUUUGAUCGAAAUUACCAUUCAUCUGACAACCUGAAGCCAGACGCGUCCCAGGUGAAUAAUCAAGGUAGCGUUCGAACAAAUGGUGCAAAAUAUAUCGAUGUCUCAAUCAAUCCGUGGAUGCGCUGGCAUAAAUUAAAGUGGUUGUUUGUCAGCAGAGCGACAACAUUAUACACCUGUCUCUUAAGCUCAGAGUAGAUGCGCGACUCACAAGUGAGCUUGGAUCACUUCCUUCGAUGUAAGGCCGUCGCAAUCAAUCAUGGCCACCGAUUUAGGAGCAUGGCUGCCAUUCGCGAGGGCGGCCGCUGUCGGUUUGGCUCCUUUAGCAUCGUCUACGAUGCCACCGCCGCCAGAAUCGCCAAAAAACGACGAACGAGUCAUCAUCAAUGUUAGUGGGAGGCGGUUCGAAACAUGGCAAAAUACGUUGGCGCGAUUCCCGGAAACUCUGCUUGGAAGUGACGAAAAGGACUAUUUUUUCGAUUCGGAAACAAAAGAAUACUUCUUUGAUCGAGAUCCGGACUUGUUCCGCCAUGUCUUGAAUUAUUAUCGCAACGGAAAGCUGCACUACCCGCGGGGAGAAUGCGUUUCUUCCUUUGAAGACGAACUUUGUUUCUUCGGCAUUUCUGAAGAUGUAGUACACGAUUGUUGUUGGGAGGAUUUUCGUGAAAGAAAGAAAGAGUGUGAAGAAAGAAUUUUCGAACCUGAUAAACUGGAAGAUGGUUCACAAAAUGGGGAAGAAAACACUGAUUCUACGAUUCGCGAGAAGAUGUGGACCGCUUUUCAAAAUCCGCAAAGCUCGCGGCUAGCCACUUUGGCAUACUACAUCACAGGUUUCUUUAUUGCAGUUAGUGUGAUCAGCACUGUGGUAGAAACUCUUCCAACAGACGGUAACAAAACUUUCGGGCAGGCGAAUGAAAAUGUUUUUUUCUCGAUGGAAACAGCUUGUGUUAUAGUGUUUACUGUUGAGUAUAUGGCGCGCUUGUAUGCAGCUCCUAACCGAUUUAAGUUCGCUCGAGAUCUAAUGAGCAUAAUAGAUGUGGUAGCUAUAUUACCUUUCUAUGUUGGACUGUUUAUGCCAAAUAAUUCUAUAAGUGGAGCAUUUGUGACCCUGAGAGUAUUUAGGAUCUUCAGAAUAUUCAAAUUUUCAAGGCAUUCGAGAGGACUCCGCAUCUUGGGGUAUACACUGAAGAGUUGCGCGUCCGAGCUGGGCUUCCUGUUGUUUUCGUUGUCGAUGGCAGUGAUAAUUUUCGCGACUGUUAUGUACUAUGUAGAAAAAAAUGUCAAGGAAACCAAGUUCACGAGUAUUCCUGCGAGUUUUUGGUACACGAUUGUUACAAUGACGACACUAGGUUAUGGUGACAUGGUACCGCAAACUACCUCUGGGAAGAUUGUGGGUAGCCUGUGUUCACUCAGUGGUGUUCUUGUGAUUGCCCUGCCUGUUCCAGUCAUUGUGUCUAAUUUUAGUAGGAUUUAUUUGCAAAACCAAAGAGCAGAUAAGCGUAAAGCUCAUAAGAAAGCACGUGUGUCCAUUUCCAAGACAAUGGCGGGUACAGCUUUGGUCUCCCCUCCUGACAAAGAAAAUGUACCACUGGGUGCUGGCCUAGAGUUCACGCAAAUUCCAGUCAGCAAUAAAGAGAAAAACUAUCUUGAUGAACAGCAUACUCAUCUACUUCAGUGCCUGGAAAAGGCUACGGCUCGGCAAUUUGUUGAAAUGGAGUACUCAUACAAAGGGGAACCAGUGAGGAAGACUCCCAAGUUGUCAACUCCUAUUUGUACUCCAUCCGGUUCACCAAUUUCCUCAUCUGUUUCACUAGCAGCAGUUUGUGACAAUGCCUGCUACAACCGAAACAGCUACACGGGGAAAUGCAUGAAGAGAACAAGAUCUUUCUCAGAACCAGCCCAUCAACAUGAAAAUGCUUUUUUCCCAGAUCACAUGGAAAUGAAUGAUGUUAAAAGCAAGAACAAAGUGAAUUCUAAACCACACAAUGAUAAACAACCAAUGAAUGCAGUCACCAUGUCAGCUAUUGUGACCCUCCCAGAUUGUGAAACUGUGGCAGUUCCUAACAAUAUUCACGAGGGAGGUGCCCAUUGCAGAUAUGAAAAUUGUAACAAUCGUAAAGGGUCCCAUACAGUUAUUUAAAUCAUUAAGUGAAAUGAAAUUCCAAAGUGAAUUAGGUAGCUUGUAAGGUAAAUAUUAGCAAGAAGUUGUUCCCAAUCAACUUCGUUAGGUAUGAUGAUGAUAAUGAUGAUGAUGAUGAAUGAGAAGUUUUGCUCCCCUUCUGGCCUUACAGCAUAUUUACUUACAAAGAGACUCAAAAUUAUUACAAAUGUUAGUUGGAAAUUUCCUGGAUAUUUAAAAAAAAAAAAAA